AUGACUGAUUUUUGUAUGUUUGAUGUUAUAGGUACAGCUUGCAAUAAUAAUCGAUCGCGUGCCAUUAAAUUGAUAAAACGUACAUCAACUAUGUUUGUGCUCAACAUUUCUUACGAUUGUUUAAUUUCUAAUUCUAAGAAGUUAGCUGUAUUUAAAGAUAAUAUGAUUGUAUCAAAAUGUAGAUUUAACUUGACUUAUUUCCCUGCCAUUGAACGCACGAAUGUUAUAGUCACUUGUGAAAAUAUUGAAAAUAAUCCUGGUCGAGAUUGGAAGUUUAUCUUUGGUAGUAUGAGUGGUCAUAAAUCAAGUGUUUCAAACGAAACAUUUAUUAUUACGUUUGAACCAGUACGUCUCAAUGAUAUAAUGAAUAUAAGCGUAACCAUCGAUGACAACAUAACAAUAGCGUCGAUGUUUGUACUUCGAUGUGAUCAAUCAGCAGAAAUGAAAUAUCUCAGCUAUCAAUGCGGAUUGGAUGGCAGUCAACAAAAGCCUCUUUCCGACAGCUGUACAUUUACAUGUCCUGUGAAACCAGGUAUGGACUAUGACGUAGCUGUCAUCCGUCAUCCUAUUCAAAGAUAUGAUGGGAUGCAAAAUGUUAGUGGCGUAUUUGAAAUGGACCUGUUACCAUCCAAUUUCUACACAAAACCAAAUAAAGCAAGCAAUUUCAGAGUUGAAUUAAGCGAGACAAACACUACAGUAGCAUUAAUUCAUUUCACAAUACCUCAAGGCUUGUUCGAUUAUGUUCAUGUUGCUUGCAAUGCGAUUUAUCAAAGUUGUAAUAAUUCAAGUUCUCAUUUAACGGCUAGCAUCUUCAGAACCUGUACUAAUUGCACAUAUGUUGCUAUCACUCCAAUCAUUGGAGGCGUCGAAUAUACGUGUUGGGCAAAUACUUCGAGAUCAGCAGUUAGUUCUGUACAAUAUGCAGCAGUAAAUUUUAGUACACGUACGUGA